GGAGUGGGCGUGGGAUGAAAGCAAGAUGCUGGUGAUGCAUGACCCCAUCUACCGGAUCUUCUACGUGUCGCACGACUCGCAGGACCUCAAGAUCUUCAGCUACAUCGCACGCGACGGCACCAGCAACGUCUUCCGCUGCAACGUCUUCAAGUCCAAGAAGAAGUCGCACGCGAUGCGCGUGGUGCGCACCGUGGGGCAGGCGUUCGAGGUGUGCCACAAGCUGAGCGUGCAGCAUGCGCAGCACGUGCCCGACGGGGACACCGACAAGGGCCCGCUCGGCGGCGCUAACGGCACGGCCGCGCUCGUGCCGGCCGGGGAGGCAGUGGAGACGGACAUCGAUGCCGAGGACGGCCCCUCGCCCGCGGGGCUCGCCGAGCCGGCACGGCGGCCGGGGCUCACCGACCUGGACACGACGGAGCCGCACGCACAGACGCCGGCACAGGGCCUCCCACCGGCCUCUCCCCAAGCGGCGUCUCCUCCGCACCUGGGCAUGGGCUCUUCUCCCAGCAUGCCCCUCUCCACGCACCACCAGAUCCAGCUGCUGCAGCAGCAGCUGCUGCAGCAACAGCAGCAGACGCAGGUGGCCGUGGCGCAGGUGCAGCUGCUCAAGGACCAGCUGAGUGCCGAGUGCGCGGCGCGCAUGGAGGCACAGGCCCGCACGCACCAGCUGCUGCUGCAGAACCGCGACCUUCUGGGUCACGUGAGCGCCCUCGUCAAAGAGAUCCAGGGCCUGGAGAUCAGCCUGGCCCAGCACACCGGCAGUGCCAGCCGGCUGAGUGUGACCGACGUGUCGUGGGCCACAGCGGUGAGCUCGCCGCCCCAGCCGGCCUUGCUACUGUGCGGGCCGUGCACGCCGCGGCCGGCCGACGUCGGCCUCUCCCCCGUCGUCGCCGGCGGCCGGGACGCCGUCGGCGGCGGCGACGACGACGGCUUCGGCCUCCGCCUCGCAGUCGAUCAGAGCCUCUUUGAGAACGCCAGUUUCUCAGCGUCCCCGAUGCCCAAGGGUAGGCACGUCACGGUUAGCACCCCUGUCGUCGGGGUGUCGGCGGCGGCCGGGGUGGGGCCGGGGGUGGCGGCACCGGGGCCCCCCCCCGUUCCCCGGGAGGAAGAGCGGGGCCCCCCCACCCCGGGGAGCGGGGGGCGCGCCACCUGGACGGCGCUGGGAGCCGCCGAGCGUUGGCCGAGCGACGCGUGGGACGCGGCGGCGGAGCAAGCGGGACGCGGGGGCGGCGCGUGGAGCACCGCCCCGGCGAUGGCGAUGGCGGCGGCUCCUCACCUGGCGCGCAGGGCCGCCUCCGACACCUUCCCCCGGUUGGAGCCGCCGCCACCGUCCGCCGCUCGCAAGCGCGUCCCUCGCGCCCUCAAGACGACGCACGACAUGAUGGUGCCGCCCAGCGCCACCAGCAACACCAGCAACAGCUCCGCCACGGAGCUCCACCACCACGACCACCACACCGCCACCACCACCACCGACGACGGAGACGACAACAACAACAACAACAUCGACGACCACCACCACCACGACCAUGACGACGAUGAAGACCCCUUCUCCUGCUCGGCCGAGAUGCGCCUGCUGUUCCUACAGGAGGAGCCGACGCAGCGCUCCUUCGGGAAUUCCUUCUGGGAUUACUCGGGCAGUCCGGACCGCGACUCGGCGGGAUCGGGCGAGCCGGCACUCGCGAACGGCGCGAGCCGGGGGGAGCACGCCGGGGAUGAGACGGCGCAGUCCAAGCAGCAGCAGCAACAGCAGAGCGCCGACAAGGAGUUGGUUCCGAAGUCGAUCCGGAAGGAGCUGGACGCGCUCGGCGUUCCGGAGUCGGAGUCCCGGAUUUCCGGGCGGGAUCCGCUCGAGGAAGGGUCGGAGGAUUCCGGCAUCGUCCGGCAGAGAGACUCCGGCGCCUCGGAGGGCGAGCGCGCCGAGGCCCUCGGCCUCGACUGAGCGCGAGCAGCAAAACUAAAAUCGAUAAUUAAAUAGGUAAAUGUAACCAUCGACAUCCGGAGCAGACGGCUGUUGAGUUCACGACGGGAGCCGGACGUCGACGCUGACGAAUCGGUGACCUUUCCCUGCCCUGCCCUGGGAGCACCGUUGUGAAAAUCUUGACGUCAUUAAUUUGUGGCAUCAUCAUCACCGUUGUUGCUAUUUUUUAUUUUUAUUUAAAGUUACGUUUUUUACAACGUUCAUCUCAUCCGAUAGAUUUUGUCUCAUCCCGCGAGUAUUGUUGGGUUUUUUAUUUUAUUAGCUCACCGAUGUCAUCGAAGUCCCAGUUCCUUAGCAACGACAACUCUCAAAAGCGACCGCUUGCGCCGGCUAGCGCUCACGGUGACCUUUAACCCCGCGCCCUCCGCCAUCAUUUCUGACGCCGCAAUCAUUUCCCAGAAAGAUGCAAAUCACUGUUUUUAUUUCUCUCUCGAUCUCGCCUUCGCGUUUGCAUUUCCACGAGCAAGCUGCUGUCAAACGUUGUACUAAUGUUUUCUGCUUUAUACGCAAUGUAUGGUUAUUGUUUUGAUACUCGCCCUUGCCAUUAAGAAUGUGGAAUUUCCAUGUCUGACUCCGGGCCACCAAACGGGCGAGAUGAGCACUGCCUGGUACCCAAAAAACACUUUUGGGACGGAUUCCCACCGUGUUGCCGAAUGUUCCAGUCGGAACUUCGGCAAAAUUGUCCCGAUGUGUCAAUCACCAACAACGGGGAAAACAAAUCCAGAAAAGCGAUCGGCUGUCUUCGUGGCAGAAUGUCACUUUGACCCCCCUUAGACUCAUUCACCGGAAACGUUUGAAUUGUAGGCGAGCGAGGCCUUGAGAGGCCUCGCCGGGCCUCGACUCUGAAUGUACGCGACUCCGCGUGGACGCGCAGCGACGGCGGCGGUGGCGGUGGCGGCUAUGAAUUAGGAGGAUGGAAUGUUUACGCAAGUGACGGAAGGCACGGGAAGGUCGCGGGAAGAUUUGAGAGAUUGUAGACCAAUGUUAAUGUGGAGCCAAGACGAGGAGGAGGCGGAGCAGCAGGAGGACGUGUGCGUCUCUGGGUUGGUUCAAGGAGGAUCCAGUAUGGGCGUAAAAUCAAAGAUUAAAGCACAACCGGGAGGUGACCUGGUGGUUCCUGGCUUGUCGGAGAAGCCGGGCCCACCCCUUUGAGAUCAUCGUCAUUACGGGUUCGGAUCUGGAUUUCAGCCACGACUCGUUGAACGAAAGCCUCAUCGAGUUGAGCAGUGGACUUGGCCCUGGUGACCAGUGACCACGAAAUAAGCGGGACACAGAAUCCCCGCGCAGAGCGCAGCACCGCUCGACGCAGCCAACGUCUCCUAUUUACAUAGAAACGGAUUUGCCUUCGGGGGCAGUGGGCAUUGUGAAGGGCAGCAGUAGAGGGGUUGGGGGGGAAGGCAGCAAAGGAUCACGGUGGGCAGCAACAGAUAGGCAGUGGUGGGGGUCGUCGGCAUUGGGAAGGGCAGCAUUAGUGGGGUUGGGGAGGUGGGCAGCCGGGGUCACGGCGUGUCAUCAUAUCAGGUGACUCCCCCCAUACCUGCAUAGCACUCACCUGUACAGGCAACACAGGUAACCCACCUGAACUGGCAACACUCCUCUGCACAUCACAUCCAGUGUGUGUGUGUUAAUGAAUUUCAAAAGGGGGGGACGAGAGUCGGAAUGUAAGUUAAAAUGUUAUGCAAUUUUGUAAUUAUCUGUCUAUUAUUAUUUUUAAAUAAAUGUACUUUUAACAGCAAAACACUAAUAAUUGUACCAGUAAUAAUCAAACUCGCCGGGAGCGUGUCGCGAUGCCCGAUCCAUUGUUAUUGAUCACCAAUGUUGAUCAGCAUCGGUAUUAUUGAUCACCAUUACUGAUCAGCAUCGAUAUUAUUGAUCGGCAUUAUUCAUCAUUAUUGUACCUGCACAACGCGACAAUAAAAUCGCGCUAGAGCCUCUCUCUG